AGACUGCACCGCGCACCACACACACGACUCCUGCAAGGUUGCCGCUGGAGUCGCCCGGCCCAGUGAGAGCCUAGUCCCGGCCAGGGUCGCCCCGGCAAGCACGAGUCCAGCCAAUCAGCGCCCUGGACUGCACCAGCGCCAUGGUCGGCAAAAGAGCACUGAUCGUACUGGCUCACUCAGAAAGGACAUCCUUCAACUAUGCCAUGAAGGAGGCUGCUGUAGCAGCUUUGAAGAAGAAAGGGUGGGAGGUGGCGGAGUCGGACCUCUAUGCCAUGAACUUCAAUCCCAUCAUUUCCAGAAAGGACAUCACAGGUAAACUGAAGGACCCUGCGAACUUUCAGUAUGCUGCCGAAUCUACUCUGGCUUAUAAAGAGGGCCGUCUGAGCCCAGAUAUUGUGGCUGAACAAAAGAAGCUGGAAGCUGCAGACCUUGUGAUAUUCCAGUUCCCCCUACAGUGGUUUGGAGUCCCUGCCAUUCUGAAAGGCUGGUUUGAGCGAGUGUUCGUAGGAGAGUUUGCUUACACGCUCGCUGCCAUGUAUGACAAAGGACCCUUCCAGAGUAAGAAGGCAGUGCUUUCUAUCACCACUGGUGGCAGCGGCUCCAUGUACUCUCUGCAAGGGAUCCAUGGGGACAUGAAUGUCAUUCUCUGGCCAAUUCAGAGUGGCAUUCUGCAUUUCUGUGGCUUCCAAGUCUUAGAACCUCAACUGACAUAUAGCAUUGGGCACACUCCAGCAGACGCCCGAAUUCAGAUCCUGGAAGGAUGGAAGAAACGCCUGGAGAAUAUUUGGGAUGAGACACCACUGUAUUUUGCUCCAAGCAGCCUCUUUGACCUAAACUUCCAGGCAGGAUUCUUAAUGAAAAAAGAGGUACAGGAUGAGGAGAAAAACAAGAAAUUUGGCCUUUCUGUGGGCCAUCACUUGGGCAAGUCCAUCCCAACGGACAACCAGAUCAAAGCCAGAAAAUGAGAUUCCUAAGACUGGAUUUCCUUCUAACAUGUUAUCAAAUCUGGGUGUCUUUCCAGGCUUCCCUGACUUGCUUUAGUUUUUAAGAUUUGGGUUUUUCUUUUUCCACAAGGAAUAAAUAGGAGAGGGAAUCGACUGUAUUCAUGCAUUUUGGGAUCAUUUUAUUAUUCAAUGUAACUGAUUCUUAUGAUUACUAUCAUGGCAUAUAACCAAAAUCCAACUGGGCUCAAGAGGCCACUUAGGGAAGAUGUAGAAAGAUGCUAGAAAAUGUUCUUUAAAGGCAUCUACACAAUUUAAUUCCUCUUUUUAGGGCUAAAAUUUUAGGGUGAAGUCUAGCUAGGUAUCAUUCAAUUCUCCGAUGUUCUAUUAAUCACCUCUCUGUAGUUUAUGGCAGAAAGGAAUUGCUCUGAGAAAGAAAAGACUGAAUCUACCUGCCCUAAGGGACUUAACUUGUUAGUAAUCUAACACUUGCUUAUGAUAUUUCUUGCUUUCAAUUACAAUGCGGUGACUAAUAUGCCUAGCACGAGUAUCACUGUUCUUCAACUUUCAUUGUUUCUAUACAGUACACAGAUACCUUGAAAGGAAGAGCUAAUAAACCUCUUCUUUACUGCAUCUACUUUAUUUUUAAUUAAAAAAAAUUUGUUUUUGAA